GCAGGCCCUCCAGAACUUCAGUCUCAUCUGACCAACAACUCCCAGACCACAAUCAUGAAAUUCCUGGCUCUCGCUCUUGCCGUCCUGCUGGCUGUAGGUACCCAGGCCCGUACCUUGCAGGCUGAUGAGGCUGCUCCCUCUCAGCUGGAACAUGUACGUGCUGCCUUGGCAGUGUACCUGGGCCAGGUGAAGGAGACUGCAGAGAGGACCAUCGACCUCCUGGACGACACUGAGUACAAGGAGUACAAGGUCAGGCUUUCCCAGAGCCUGGACGACCUGCAGAAGUAUGCCAAGACUGCCUCCGACACUAUCGCCCCUUACAGCGACGCCUUCAGCGCUCAGAUGCUGGAAGCCACCUCCUCUGUCCGCACUCAGGUCAUGGCCGACGUGGACGAGCUGCGCAAGCAGCUGGAGCCCAAGCAGGCCGAGCUGAGGGCCGUCCUGGAGAAGCACAUGGAAGACUACCGCCAGAAGAUGGAGCCUCUGGUCCAGGAGUACGUCGCCAAGCACAAGGUGGAUAUGGAGGCCCUGAGAGCCAAGAUGGAGCCCAUCGUGGAGGAGAUGAAGGCCAAGGUGCUCGCCAACGUGGAGGAGACCAAGGCCGUGCUGGUGCCCAUGGUGGAGACCGUCCGUGCCAAGCUGACGGAGCGUCUGGAGGAGCUGAGGACCAUGGCCGCCCCCUAUGCUGAGGAGUACAAGGAGCAGCUUCUCAAGGCCGCAACUGAAGUGAAGGACAAGGUGGUUCCCUACACCCAGGACUUCCAGGGGCAGGUGGCUCCUCAUCUGGACAGCCUUAAGGAAACGAUGGGCCCAGCAGUGGAGGAGGCCAGAGCCAAGCUCACGGCUCUGUACGAGACCCUCAGCCAGGCCUUGAAGGCAUAAACACAACUUGCAUCACAUCAUCCCUUCCAACACCAUUUUACCAUCUUUCCCUUUUUACAAUAGUUCCUCUCACACACCUCACCUUCCAUUUCCCCUCAUCGAUGCUGGAUAGAUGCUCGUAACUCCUCCCACAAACAAGUGCCUCACACACCAAGCACACACACACAUCAAGGCAUUAACACACAAGCAUCAACACACAAUUACUGUAAUUCACACAACAAUUAUACUACCUGAAGUCCAUCAUUAUUUGUGUGUUAUUGUAACAUCAAUGUUGACCAAAAGUGCCUGAAAUGUGAUGGUGAAUGCUUUUUUGAAUCAAAUCUGUGUGUUAACAAAUACAACAGCUCAAUAAACAUCGGACUGUUUCACA